AUCCAACCUCCCUCCUCCCCUCCUUAUCCUCCAAUUAAUAUUCUUUCAAAAUCACCUUUUACACACACACAUACAUACACAUUUCACAUACUACCACAAUACCACCAUGAACACCCCCGGCACAACCACCAUCACUGGUGGCGGUGACAUGAGUGUAUUCGAGAGACAACAAGAAAGAAUGAAGUGGCAACACCUCCAACAACAAAUUUUUCAUGAUGGAAAUGAUCAUCAAAUAUCCAACAUGUUCUCUUCUAUGCAACCAUCCCAUUUUUCGGGUUUGCAUGGAAAUAUUAAACCCGACCCGGGUAUGGAAAACGGGUGGCCAGAUUUUAGUGAAGGGUGUGGUGAUCAAUUUCCACCAUUAAUGGCUGAUCAGAAAAUCUUGUUAAGAAACUCAAGCUCACUCUCAUUGUCACCUAAGAAAAGAAAUAAAACCCAUGAUGAGGUUUUGAACCUUAAGGUGGUUCCAAAAGAAAAUGAAGUUAAAUGUAAGAAAAUAAAAGGAAGCAUUGAAGAAAAUUCUAAAGAAAUUUCAUCAAAAGAAAAAUCAAAAGUUAUAGAGGCUAAAAAGCAAGAUUUUAUUCAUGUUCGAGCUCGUCGAGGCCAAGCUACUGAUAGUCAUAGUUUAGCUGAAAGAGUAAGAAGGGAGAAAAUUAGUGAGAGAAUGAAAUAUUUGCAAGAUUUGGUACCUGGCUGCAACAAGAUCACUGGAAAAGCAGGAAUGCUUGAUGAGAUCAUCAAUUAUGUUCAAUGUCUUCAAAAACAAGUAGAAUUUUUGUCCAUGAAGCUUGCUAGUCUUCAUCCAAGAUUAGAUAUUGACAACGAUAGCUUAUUCACAAAAGAGAUGUUUGAAGUUUCAGCAGUAGGUUGUUCAUCAGAGAUGGCUAAUUCUAUGUAUUUUCAACUAAACUCGUUACUAGAAAUGGGAAAUAACCCGAUUGAGAUGAUGCUAAGAAGAAACAUGGGUGGUCAAGCCGUUUCAAUCCCAGAAACAUUAGUGGUUUCAUCAUGUGUUAAUCAAAUGCAACCAAGUGUUACAUGGGAUGGUGAUUUACAGAAUUUCUACAAAAUGGAUUUUCAACAAGGAGCAUCAAAACUACCAUAUCAACCCCAUAAAUUUACAGGCUCAUAUGAAGGAAGCAACUUGAAGAUGGAAAUGUAAACUUAAAGAUCCAUUUAAGGAAGUCAUUUUGCAAAAUGAUUAGUUUCAAAUUCUUUAGCAAUUCAUAAUAUUAAUCAUUUUUCCAUGUACAUACAUAAAUAUAUGUCACAUAUGUAAGCAUUCUAGCUAGCAACAAUAUUCACAAAUUGUUAUUCAAGUUAA